UCUUAAUGUUACUGGUAAUUUAUAGUUUAAAAUACUGAUUAGGUGUAGAACCUUUUAUUCAACAAAUAAUCAUUUUUAUAAACUUAGUAAUCUGAAUUUACCUUUAACAAUAUUCAGUUCCUCAUCAACUUCUACAAUGUUACAAACAUAGUCUUCAGUAAUAAUAUUUUUAUUAAAUCUUAAAUUUAGCAACACCUAUUCUAAGUAGAAGGAAAAGAUACUUUACUUUAAAUUUAAGAUACUAAAUUUUAUAAUAAUACAAUUAUGGGUAUUAAUAUUUUUAAUGUAAGGGAAAAUGCAAAAGUUGUAAUGACAAACUUUGAUUUUCAGUAUAACCAAAUAAUAAUAAAAGAUAUUGAUAUAAUAAAUAAUUAAUUAUCGCCAAUUUUUUUAUUUUUAGGUAUCUUCUAAUUAAAUUCAACAAAUUUGGCGAUUAAAAAUAAUAAUCUUACAUAACAAAACAAACUAGAGUUUAUAACGAGCAAUACGUUCCCUUCAUUUAUUUAUGCAAUACAAUGCUUUGCAUGCCAAACCGUCAACUUAAACAUUACAAAUUUUAUUAAUAACUAAAAUAUUCUCUUUUAUUACUAAAAACUAUUUUAUCAAAUAUAUAACUAAGAAUAAGAUAUUAUAGUGAAUAUUAAAACUGAUAUGCCAAAAUUUAAAUCUAUCAUGAUGAACUUAAUUAAUAAUAAGAUAUCUACUUAGUUUUCUAGUAUAGUGAAUUAGGAAUAUGCAGGAUAUAUAAAUUUAGAAUAAUCUGUAGUAGUUAUAUAAGCAUCCCUCUUCUCAGAAAACUAAUAUACAAUUAAAUUUGCUCCAAGUGUGUUAUCACUUUAUGCUAAGAAAAUGUUUUCAGUGCUCACAUUAAAGCAAUCCUAUUCAUUAUUAAUAGAAAAUUCAGAAUUUUUGAGAAAUUAGAUGAUAAAUGGUGGAGCUAUGUUUAUUGAGGGAUGUUCAACUAAAUUAGCUAUAAAUAAUAAUAAAUUCAUAGAAAAUUAUGCAUAAAUAAAUGGAGGAGCUAUUUUAUUUACAAACUAUAUCAACACAAUAGAUUUUUCACUAACUCUAAACACAAUUAUUAGAAACUCUGCAUAAAUUUCAGGUGGAGCUAUGCACUUAGACUCAACUAGCAUUAAUAUGAAAGACAACUACAUUUUAAAUAAUACUGCGUUAAUAGCUGGAGGAGGAAUCAGGUAUUUAAAUGUUGUACCUAAUUUCAUUAAAGAACAAAACUAAUUUUAUUUUAGAAAUCUAGAGUUCGCAAGUAUCGAAUAUGGAAAAGAUAGAUACAACAACACAAUCUUAAAUAACAAAGCAAAAAUAUUUGGAAAUAAUAUCGCAUCAUAUUCAAAAUACAUAUCUUUAUUAUACAAUUAUACAAUAAUAAAUCCAAGCUAAUAAGUUAAUUACAAAAUUUUUUAAAUCUAAAGUGGUCAUAGCAUUCCUGGUUUAAACAUAUUUCUGCAUGAUGAGGAAGGCAACAUGAUAGAUUUAUCUGAAGUAUCUGAACAAGAUUUAAUCAUAGCACAAGUUGAUGAAGUUGUAAACGAGAUAAUAAAUUCAAAGGCUUCAGCUAUAAUUGCUAGUAAUUCAACAAAUUUGCUAUAAUUAGAUGAAGUUACAGAAUUUUCAUACUCUAAAAAAUGCUAUAAUUUUAGUAGUAUGCAGGUUAUUGGUAUACCUGGAAAUAGAUAAUCUAGCUUCCUUUAAAUAUAGGAUAUACCUAUUUAUACUAGUUAUUCAGACGGAAAUAAAAAUUUCAUUAAUAUUUCUUCUUCUUUAAUUUAGAUUGAAUUAAACUUUAGAUAGUGCUAAAAAGGAGAAAUUCAAACAGAUUCUACAAAAUCCUCUUUAUUUAAAUGCAGUGUAUGCCCAAAAGGUAAAUAUCAGCUAAAAGACCCUUAAACACUAUCUCCUUCUGAAUAGGUUUGCCUUCCAUGCCCCUAAGAAAAAGCAAGUUAAUGCUUUGCUAAUUAAAUAUAAAUAAAACCAGGUUAUUGGAGAAAAAAUAACGAAACUGAUGAAAUUAUUUAAUGCUAGGUAAAUAGCUUGUUUUGUAAUGGUGACCCUUCAACUAACUACUGUAGUGAAGGUAGGAUUGGACCUCUGUGUGAAACAUGCGACAUUUAUGGAGAAGUUUGGAAAGAUUCUUAUUUUCAUUCAUCUCUUAAGACAUGCUCUAAAUGCCAUUCAUUCGAUGUUCAUGCCUAUAUAAACGUAUUUCUGAUCAUUUUGAUUUUUAUCUACAUUAUAUUAGUUGUCAGGGGAAUUAUCCUUAAAGCAGAAUCUCAAAUUUAUUCAACUUAUUUGCGUAAAACUGGUUUGUUUAUAGCUGGAACAAGUGCAGAAGCUGACAAGUCUACAAUAUAUAUAAAAAUGCUAAUCACUUAUCUUUUUAUUUCUACAUCUUUUUUUAGUUUUAAUCUAUUAUUCCCAUUGGAAGUUAUUAAUUUAACUACGUCUAUAAGUAAUCCUAUUAAAGUAUCUUAUUUCAGUGUUGAUUGCUUGAUUAAAAAUUUAAGACAAUCUUCUCCUUUGCCUUAUGCAAGACUAAUAAUUCUUUAGCUAGCUCCGAUAAUAUACUUCUGCCUUAUUACAAUUUUCUUUUAUUUAGUGUAAAGAUGUUUAUUUAAUUAAAAAUUUCAUAAAAAGUUCUUGUUUGCUUCUAUUUCUACCAUUUUUAUCUUAUUUCACGGUAGCAUCUCCUAAUCGCUAUUUGAACUUAUUUCUUGCAGGACCAUAGGUUCAGACAAAUAUGUUUAAAUCUAUUUAACAAGAUAAUGCUAUGAUAAAGACCACAUUCUUUACUCAGUAUCUUUAGGCAUACCUCUAAUCUUUAUAUGGGUUUUUGUCAUACCACUUUCGAUAUUAUUUUACAUGAGAAGCCAGAAAUCAAAGCUUGAUUCUUUUCAAAAUUUAUAUCGUUUUGGAAGUAUUACACAGGAAUACAAAAAGUAAACAUAUUACUGGGAAAUAGUAAGAGUCUACCUUAGAGUUAUAAUUUCUUUUUUCAUAUCUUUCUUUUUAAGCAAUUCUAUGUUUAAAGGUAUAAGUGUAUUAAUUACUAUUCUCAUUUACUGGAUUAUGUUAAAUAAAUACCAGCCUUACAUAUAACAUUCUUUAAAUAAAACUGAUAAAAAUAUAUGUAUGGUUGAAAUGAUUAUUGUUAUAAGCUGCACUUUUAUAGAUAAUACAGCCUUUGAUACACUAAAAAUAAUAUUCAGUUUAAUUGUUUACGUACUCCAUGCUUAUUAGACCAUUUACCUAAUCUAUAAUAUCAUUUAUUCUUACUACCAUAAAAAUUUAACCAAAUUAAUUCUGGUCAUUCAUAAAAUUAUUAGUAAAAUUAAUUGCUUCUUCUCUAAAGAAUUAAGAGAAUCAAUUAAGUAUUCAUCCCAAGUUCACAAAUAUAGCAGAUUUAAACACUGGUAAUUUUUGAGAUUAAAUGUUCACCAGGCUAUUCUUUUAAGGAAAGUUAAUCCAAAGCAUAAAAUGCUUUCUGCUUAAACUGUUAGAAUUUCCUAAGUUAAUCAUGUAAGAAAAAUAAGAAGUUAGCUAAAAUUUAUUCUAUCUAAUUAAGAUAACUCUAGAAGUUUUAGAAGUUAAGUAAAUAUUGAUACUCUAUUUUAAAGAGACAUUAGUAUUUCUAAUCAAAUUUAAAAUUUUGAUGAUAUGAAAAUCAAAAAAAUGCAAAGUAUUUUACAAGAUAAACAAGGUUUGGGUUUGCCUAACCCUUAAACUAAGGAUUAAAAUUAAAGAUUAAUUUAGCCAAGGAUACCUCUUUAAAGUUAAUUUAGUAAGUUAAACUAGCCUCUUAGAAAUAUUACAGAUGUUUCUUCUUCAAAUGUAUCUAAUAACUACCAUAAUGCUAAUAGUGAUAAAUCUUGUUUUGUUUAAGAUUCUUAGCUUAUUCUAGAUAAUUAUACUUAUAGAGUUUAUUAAACAAAAGAUAUUAAUAAUAACUUCCCAUAAACAAUAACAUCUUAUUUAGCUACUCUUCUUCCGACAGUAAGACCCUUAAAUGAUAAUACGAAAUCAUAAAUAUAUGAAGAUAAUAACUCUCAUCUUAAUUUUUCAUUCACAGAAAACCCAGAGUAAGGAUAAUGCACACCAAUAAGAUUACCAACUGGAUAUAUUCAAACUGCAGGUAAUUUAUAGACUAAUCCAAAUUUUAAUUACUCAAUUAAAACUCUUGAGGAUUAAGUUUUUAUUAGUUAAGAUGACGUUGAAGGUAAGGCAAAUCCUUCUUAAAUUUAAUAAGGUAUUGAUUAAGUUAUUUCAAACAAAAAGAACCAAUAUAUAAAAAACAAAGAAAAAUAAGAAUGAAUAAAUUAUAUAAUUAAUUACAUGUAAUGUGUUCAAAUAUUUUGUAUUAAAUUUAAUAAAUAAAUAAAUAAAUAAAACAACUUUCUAAUGAUCGAUCAAUAAGUAAUUAUUGCAAACUUAUAACUUGUGAUAAGCAC